AUGUCGUUUCAAGCAAGUAGAUCGUCAUGGCCAAAGGGUGUUGAAGAAGCGGUAAAGGCUGCCACGGUUACUGAGAUUGUCAAGCAGAUUACGCAGACUAAAGAGUGGACUGCUGAAAUGGUGAUGGAGAUCUUUUGCAGACAGGCAUUAGAUGCUCAAGAGGAAUGCAAUGCCUUAACUCAACAUUGGAUGGACCGAGCAAUACGACAAGCUCGUGCACUCGAUGCAGACUUUGAAAGAACUGGAACACCUAAAGGAGCGCUACAUGGAGUUCCGUUUUCAGUCAAGGAGCAAAUCGAUGUUGAAGGAACAGUAGAUGCUACCUUGGGGUUCUCACGCUUCUUGGGCGAACCAGCAUCACGAAGUGCUCUGGUAGUGAGAAUACUGGAAUCAGCUGGUGCCAUUCCAUUCUGCAAGACCAAUUUGCCACAGGGCAAUAUGGCAUUUGAGACUUCGAAUCCUGUUUAUGGUACUACUUUGCAUCCUAUGAAUCCAAGUUUGAGUCCCGGUGGUUCGUCAGGUGGUGAAGCUGCCUUGAUCGCAUCAUGUGGAUCGCCAUUAGGCCUUGGAACAGAUAUUGAAGGUGGUCUUCGUGUUCCAGCUUCAUUUUGUGGUUUAUACGCCCUCAAACCAUCAUCAAACCGUAUCCCACUACAAGGAGUGCGAAACAACUUGGGUGGUCCAGACGCGCUACGUCUAUGUUUGGGCCCCAUAGGUACAUCUGUACAAGACUUGGCACGAGUGUUGGAAGCAAUAAUAGAUGCUCGACCAUGGAAUGAUGAUUCAAAGACACUGCCAAUCCCAUGGGGUUUGGAAAGUGAAAAGGAGCCUAAUCCUCCUCGAUUUGGGUACUAUACAGAUGACGGCUUAAUAAGAGCAACCCCAGCAUGCACACGAGCUGUAUCAACCGCCGUACUAGCACUAGAAGCAGCAGGAUAUGAGUGUGUUCCCUUCGCACCACCAGACGUCCCAGAAGCCAUAUCCAACUUUUACGCUCUCCUAUCAGCCGAUGGACUAUCCACCGCCGUUGGUCCCAAAGGCCGAGAUCCAAUAGAUCCAGCCCUAGCACCUUUUAUACGUCUCGCAGGCACCCCGAACUGGCUUAAAGGUGUCCACUCUCGUCUACUUCGCUUUAGUGGAGAUGAAGCACUAGCAGGAGUGAUGUCAGCCAUCCAGAAGCGGGACGUAGCAGGACUCUGGAGUCUGCAACGAGCACAACAGGAAUACCAAGCUAAAUUCCACGCCAUGAAAACCGCAGCCAAGAUCGAUGCCAUUAUAGCACCUGUUCAUGCCUUGCCCGUCGUAACGCAUGACUGCUUUGCCGAUAUCCCAUUUGCAGGUAGCUUCUCGGUACUAUACAACUUUUUGGACUAUUCCGCUGGUGUCAUUCCAGUGACUACCGUCGACCCCACCAACGAUACCUUGUCUGAACGCACAUCUAUGAUGCGAUCCAGCCGUGGUAAAUGGACGAAACUCGAACGGGCUGUAUUUAGACAUUAUGAUCCACACUUGUUUGCUGAUGUGCCUGUCGGUGUGCAAGUCGUCACUGGACGCUUGCAGGAAGAACGCUGCUUGAAUAUGAUGGCAUUGGUGGAUAAUGCUCUAGCUCAAUCACGUGGUAAAACUCCAGCUGUGGCUCAGGCGGAAGCUAAUGCUGCGAGAAGUCGUCGAUAUAGUAUAAACAGCGCCAAAUCGGAUUCUACGAGGGUAUCAAGCUCUGCUGGAAGUAGUAACAGGCACUCCAUGACUCGACAGGGUAGUAGCAAUAGCUUAAAGACUGUAGGAAGGAGGGUUAGUUUUGCUGAUGAUCUGGAUCAACGAUUUAAGGAUGAAGGUCGAGAAACAUAA